GCAGUAAUUGACUGAGGAAGGAGAGGGGGGUAUCUGUCUGUCCUCCUGGCUGUCUGGAUUAUGAUAUCAACCACAACUGACUGGGCAAAACAGGAAGGCCGGCUAUUUCCUGGGAUGUCUGUUUCUGCAGAGCUAGUUGUAACUUUACUGCUCAUUCAGCAAGUUGCAAUGUGUUGCUAGAAUCUUUUUCCUGGAGGACUUCCUCCUCUCUUAAAUUUCUUUUGUUCUGAAAAACUGACUUCUUGCCUUGAAACACCUUUGCCAUGGCUUCAGACAAUGACCAGCUGCCGAGGCGCUUACAAAAGCGUCGCUCUACCCUAAACUGUUUGGCCUUCAGCACUUCAGCACAGGAUGUAGGGAAGAAAAAAACUUUUGCAUUUUCUCAGGAGAGCACAGUCAAGGCAUGGAACUCUACAGGGAAUCUGGACAAUCCUAGCAACAAAGCAGACUGCUGCAAAGCAGAAGAAAGACACAAUCUUCAACAAAGUAUCAACAUUAAUGUUGGGGGAAAAGUCUUUCAUAUCCCCAAACAGUCUGCCAUAAAAUAUCCUAACACACGGAUAGGGUGCUUGGCCCUGUGCAGGGACCGUAUGAAGUUACUCAAGUUGUGCGAUGACUAUUCGGUGCGCAACAAUGAGUUCUUUUUUGAUCGUGAUCCUGCCUUCUUCCACCAUAUCUUCCAUUUCUACACCAGUGGGGUGCUGUGGGUCGUGAGGGAAAUGUGUCCCAUCAACUUUGAGGAGGAAAUCGAGUACUGGGGCCUGAGCCUGAAGGACACACAGCACUGCUGCCGAAUGAUGUUUGAAGAGAAGGUGGAUGAGGUGAAGGACUACCUGAAGGUGGAGAGGGAACUAUUGGCUGAGAUUGAGGUGAAGCAUGACGAUGAAGGUUACAAUAACAUGGUCUUAGGGAAUGUCCGUAAGACCCUCUGGGACAUUGUAGAGAAUCCAUACUCUUCAUCCUGGGCAAAAGCUUUCACCGUGUUCUCCAACCUCUUUGUGCUAAUCUCCAUUGUGGCAAUGACACUCAACACUGUAGAGGACCUUAAAAUCUAUUCGGUCUGUGGCAAAACAUACAUGGAGUGGAUUGAGAUCUCCUCCAUUGUGUUCUUCACCUUUGAGUACUUCCUUCGCCUCAUCACCACUUCCAAGAUCGAGCAUUUUUUGAGGAGUGCACUCAACUUUGUGGACUUCGUGGCGGUCAUGCCCUAUUUUGUCCAGAUAGUCUUUGAGGUCUUUGCCAGUGUUGAGGACAUGAGUGCCAGUGGAGACCUCAAGACCAUGGCAGAUGUCAGCAAGCUGAGCCACGUUCUCAAAGUUGUCAAGCUGAUGCGGAUCUUUCGGAUUUUGAAGCUGGCCCGCCACUCCACCGGCAUGAGGGCGUUUGGGUUCACUCUGCGACAGUGUUACCAGCAGGUGUGCUGCCUUUUCCUCUUCAUUGCCAUGGGAAUCUUCACUUUUUCUGCUCUCCUACAUUCAGCUGAGAGGGACACUGAAGGCUCUCCCUUCAGCAGCAUUCCUGAUGCCUGGUGGUGGGCUGCUGUCAGCAUCUCCACUGUGGGCUACGGGGAUGUCGUUCCAGUAUCAAUCCUGGGCCGCAUUGUGGCCUUUGCCUGCAUCUCAUUUGGCAUCAUCCUCAAUGGCAUGCCCAUCUCCAUCCUCUUCAACAAAUUCUCCGACUACUACGCCAAACUCAAGGCCCAGGAAUACACCAGCACCUCCAUCCGACGCCGCUUUCAGCUAAAGAAGCGCCUCCGACGCAAGAUGGACAUGUGUUUUCAUCCCUCAGUAGAUGACAACAGAAGAGAGUCACUAUGAGUGAGUCUUUUAAAGGACAUACAUGGCUUGUCAGCAUCUAGCAAGCACUGAGAAAGUUUCACAUGGGGAACUUGAAACUGAGUUUCUGGUUGCAAAGUAUGUCUAGACAGAGGUGAAAUGAUCUGACUGUAGAGGAUGUGGUUUAGAACAAAGAAAUAGCAUGAGGGAAGCUUCGUGCUAGCACAUAAGAACCGUUACUGUCACCUGACAUUAAGUGUAAGGACGACCGUGAUGAUUGCAUCAUUAUUCAAGUUUUCUCAUCAACAGGAUAUUUGAAAACUGCAGAGGAAAUGUUUGAGGCAUUAUGGAUGUUCUCCUAUUGUAUUUGUACUGUCUCUCUAACAAUUAAGCCUGUGAUUGCAAACAAAUCAAGUAGGACAGCACAUUCACUAAAAAUCCUUUAGUCUUAUGGAAAGUGGGUGAGUAUCAUGGAAAGGCACAUGAGUUUGCAACAAGCACUGAAGCUGCAUUUAAGCUGCAUACCAGUUAAGUUUAGACUCAACUCGGAUUUGUCUUCAAAUGACCUCAGACUUGUCUCUGCCUCAAAAAAUUUGUGAUUUGUGAACAACGAGCUGCUGUAAAAUACCAGCAUGUUUAUAGAGAGUUUUCAUUUUCUGCUUUAGAUUGCACAUGAUUAUGAUGUAUGUAAACCAGCCUCACACAAACACAGCUGCCCUGUCAAUUGUACUAGCACUUAGUUACAAAGACUAAAGCUUCAUUCAGUGUGAAAGUAGCGUGAACCAAACGGAGGUUUGACUUGCAUCAAGUGAGUUGUCAGCAUCUCUUUUAUGUAUUUGCAAAUUACUUGAUUUCCAUGAAAUCAGUCUUUUUCAAAGCAUGCCUUGCUGAUAAUGCUGUUGGUGUGUGGCAGUGAUGAUUGUUAUUGUGUACCUACUGUCAGGUGAUGACUUGAAAAUCCACAGUUAUUAACAGAUAUUGAUACUGAUUGAUAUUGAUAUUGAUAUUGAUAUUAACACAUUCCACCUACAGGAAUAUUUGAGGCCACCUUUAGAGGGUGACAUAAAGCGGUAAAACUGAGAUAAACAAAGUCAAAUGAAUAGCGGUCAAUGGGACAUUUCCAGAAAAUCAAUUCUUGAAUUUCUUUCUUUUUUCCCUUUAUUGUGUAUUUGUAUAAAUGACUAGAAGUUACACAUUUCUAUGUGCUUAGAUGAAUGAAAUCUGGAACCAUUUAUGGAAAAAAAAUGAGUAUUUCAAUUUCACGUCAGCUUAUAACUCUGUCUUCAUAAAUACACUGGAAAUAUUAGGCCUUGUAACAAUGACAGUAAUAAUCCAGUUGCUGGUAAAUAUGUGGAAUCAAAUGUACUGAUCAUUUUAGAGCAUUUAGCAACACUAACCACCAUAUAUUCUACUCUGUUUAGCAAGUGUACUGCCCCCGAUGGCCAAAAGAUUGUACUGCAUCGAAAGAUUGUAAGAAGCUUAAGUUCAUAGUAAACACAGUGUUAACGGUUAAAAACUGGAUCAUGAGUAUUUAUGAAAUACUGAAUGAUUAACUUCAAGUACGUUUCUUCCAAAAGUGUAUUAUAAGCAAAAUUGCUUUACUUUGGCUAUCUAUCUAUCUAUCUAUCUAUCUAUCUAUACACACACACACACACACACACACACACAUAUGAGAAAUCUGGAAACAUGGAAACCUGGAAACACCUUUGACAACUGACUGAUUAGCAUGGUUCUCUUCCGUAUUGUUUCUGGAACAAAACACAGGAUGUUACAUCCUGUGUUUCCACACUGUAUGCCAUUGUCAGGUUUUAUGUGUAUUAGGUAAGGUGUCUGUGGGUAAUUACUGAGACUCAGAUCACUUUUUUCAGUAACAUAGCAGGCAGCUCUGUGUGUUUGUAUAAUUAAAGCUGCAUGAAGCAAUAUCACAUGCAUGUUGCAAUAAAAUAGCACCUUGCACUGUGA